AUGCCUAAUUUAGGCAAAUUUUUUAUAGCAUAUAAUAUAUUCCAACGAAAACUGACGAUGAAAGAAUGGACAAUCACUGGUACUUUAAAUAAUGCCCGAUAUUAUCAUACAGCAUCUGUAUUAACUAAUGGACAAGUAUUAGUAACUGGUGGACGGAGUACUAGUUAUUUCAAUAGUACCGAGUUGUAUGAUCCAUCAACAGGAACGUGGACAGCCACUGGUAGUAUGAAUUAUGUUCGAUAUUAUCAUACAGCAUCUUUGUUAACCAAUGGACAAAUUUUAGUUACUGGUGGGAACGGUAGCAGUAGUAUUUUAAGUAGUGCUGAGUUAUAUACCUCAUCAACAGCAGCGUGGACAGUCACCGGUAGUAUGAUUUAUACUCGAUAUUAUCAUACAGCAUUCGUAUUAACAAAUGGAACAGUUUUAGUUACUGGUGGACAGAUUGGAGGUACUUUUACACAUGGUACUGAGUUAUAUAAUCCAUCAACGGGUUCAUGGACAACUGGUAAUCAUAUGAUUAAUGCUCGAGGUUAUCAUACAGCAUGUGUAUUGACAAAUGGAAAAGUGUUAGUUAUUGGUGGAUAUACUGGUAGUAAUGGUUAUAUGAACAGUACUGAGUUAUAUGACCCAUCAACAGGAGUGUGGACAAUCAAUGGCACUUUGAAUUAUGGUCGACGUUAUCAUACAACAUCUUUGUUAAAUAAUGGACAAGUAUUAGUAACUGGCGGACAGAGUACUAAUGGUUAUUUAAAUAGUGCCGAGUUGUAUGAUCCAUCAACAGGAAUAUGGACAGUUACUGGUAAUAUGAAUUAUGUUCGAUAUUAUCACACAGCAUCUCUAUUAACCAAUGGAAAAGUUUUAGUGACUGGUGGACUUAGUAAUAGUAGUAGUUAUUUAAAUACUGCUGAGUUAUAUGAUUCAUCAACAGGAAGAUGGACAAUCACGGUUAGUAUGAAUUAUAGUCGAUAUUAUCAUACAGCAUCUCUAUUAACUAAUGGAAAUGUUUUAGUUACUGGUGGAUAUGUUACCAGUGGCAAUUAUUUAAAUAUUUCAGAGUUAUAUCAACCAUAA